AUGAGGAGCCCAGCUGCUGCCCUGGAACUGGUCUGGAGCCUCACUCCUCUCCUUCUCGUCCUGGUCCAACCAAGCUGGGCAGUGGGUGGCACUGACUCCGGGCAGGGGUCUGACCCCUGCGCCACACUAGUCCUGGGCAAAUUCUUUGGCUAUUUCUCUUCAGCCUCCGUCUUCCCGGCCAACGCUUCCCGCUGCUCCUGGACCCUGCGGAAUCCCGACCCACGGCGCUAUACCCUCUACAUGAAGGUGUCUAAGCCUGCGGGGCCUUGUGGGCCCUGGCCCGUUCGCACCUACCAGUUUGACUCUUUCCUGGAGUCCACACGCACCUACCUGGGAGUGGAGAGCUUUGAUGAGGUCCUCCGUCUCUGCGACCCGUCGGCCCGUUACGCUUUUCUCCAGUCUAACAAGCAGUUUCUGCAGAUGAGACGACAGCAGCAGCUGGGGCCUGAGGAUCAGGCUCUGGUCUCUCCCUAUCCAGGCCCUGAUGCAGAAUUCUCUGUGGAGUACUUGGUGGUGGGCAAUCGCAGCCCCAGCCGGGCCGCCUGUCAGAUGCUUUGCCGCUGGCUGGAGGCCUGUCUAGCUGGCAGCCGGAGCUCUCAUCCCUGCGGCAUCAUGCAGACCCCGUGUGCCUGCUCCGGUGGGGAUGCCCCAGACCUGGCGGCUGGUGAGAGCCCUUCCCGGGGGGAUGACUGCCUGAGGGAUGGCACCGAGAGCCCGGAGAACUGUCUCACCAGCUUGACCAAGGACCGAGGAGGGGACGGCAGGACGG